AUGCGCUUCUCACUAUUGCUUAACGUCUUAGGCGUUGCGGCCGUUAAGAUUCCGGCUCGAAACGGCGAGAAUCUUCUUCACAGACGAAGCGAAUCUGCCAGUAUACAGCCUACUGCUACAGUAAACAACGAAGUACCGGCCCAAGAUGGUUACGCUGCGAACCCAGCCGAAGCUCAAACAUAUGGAGCUGAUACCAAGCCGGAAACAUCACUGGCACAAGCACCUCAAGUCACCCAAUCUGUUUCGAUCGAGGAAGAUGACAAGAAGGAGGAGGAAACUAGUGCUGCUUUCUCUGAGCAAGGGGACGCGGCCACUGAGACAAGCCCCAAGAUGGUAUACAACCUCGCAUGCAGUUGCAAUCAGCCUGCCCCUGCCCCGACUAUCACAGGAGGUUAUACAGUCAAUCCACCACCGCCGCCGCCUCCAACUACAACCAGUCAACUCACAGUGGUCCCUUACCCUACUUACACACCCCCUGAGCCUGUAACCACUUCGACCACCGAGCAAGCUCCAGUGUCCGAACCUACAACAAGCUCAACUUACCAAGCCCCUGAGUCUUCGACUACGCUAUCUGAAAUUGUGACUCCUUACCCUCCUCCACCGAUUCCAACUACGACCACCAGCGUUUAUGAGCCCCCUACCACAGUCAGCGACACACCACUGCCUCCUCCUACUACCACAAGUCCGCCCCCUGACACUACAAAAUCAUGCGCGCCUGGCGAGCCUGUCACUGUUACGAGCAAGAUUUACGUUCCCACGACUAUUACCAGCAAAGUUUAUGUUCCUACGACUGUUACGGAGAAGGUCACUGAAACCGUAACUGAUAAAGUGACAGUGACUGAAACUCCAACUGCGGAAACAGUCACAAAGACUGUGACCUCCACGGUAUUUGAGGGCACGACUGUGGUGCAGACUCAGUCUAAAGAGACAGUCACAGUACCUGGUCCUACAGUUACUGAAGACGCAGAUACAGUUACGGUACCCGGCCCUACAGUUACCGAAGAUGGGGAUACCAUUACAGUAUCUGGCCCUACAGUUACUGCGCCCGGUCCUACGGUCACUGCACCUGGCCCCACGGUUACCGCGCCUGGACCUACAGUUACCGAGGACGGAAGUACAGUUACAGUACCCGGUCCUACAGUCACCGAGGAGGGAGAUACAGUUACAGUCCCCGGUCCUACAAUUACUGAGGCCGGAACCACUAUCACCGAACCUAGGACCACUGUGACACUCCCUCAAGUCACAGUCACUGCGGCUGGAACAACUGUGACUCUGCCAGAGAAGACUUUUACAAAGCCCGGCAGCACCGUAACUGAAGCUGGCACGACUGUCACACUUCCUGAAGUAACCAUUACCAGGCCUGGAAGCACUCUCACUGAAGCCGGAACAACCAUCACUGAGCCUGGUCUGACAGUUACCGGUACUGUUACCGUCCCCGGAAGCAGAAUUACAGUUACCGAGACUGGAGAAGAUGAGACUGUGACCAUCCACAGAACCGUCAUCCAGCCGGGCGAAGACAAGACUAUCUUAAGGACUGUUACUCUUCCUGGCCAGGAAUCCGUUGUGACUGUGUCUGGCGAAGAGCGAACUGUUAAGGUUCCAGGAGAGCGCACUGUGGUGACCGUGCCUGGAGAGCAAGCCACCGUAACGGUAGAGUCCGUUGUUACUGAGCGCCUUCCUGCAGAGACGGUGACUCUUACCAAGGACGGAGAGACUAUUGUAACGGUGGUCCCAGGUCCAACAACUGUCUACACCACCACAUUGGUCAUUGGCCAGACCGUACAGCUUCCUCCAACCACUGUUACUGCCACUCCUGGGCGCAUCACUCUGUGCCCUAAGCCUACAGGCAGAUCUGCACCGCUUGACCCUAAAUCGGAUCUCACCUUUGGCUGUGAGCCUGGGUACGUCUGUAACCCUCCCAAGCCAUCGUGGUGUAACUUCUGGGCCGAGCCGCCUUCAGAUGACUAUCUAUGUGAGCCCCAGUACUGUAUCAAGGCUCCUAAACUCAAGAAGCCCCAUUGGCGCAAGAAUGAGACAUCGUACUACCCACGAUCUCCCGGAUACUUCGAUCUGAACCCUGAGGCUUUCGGCCUUUCUUACGACAUCUUCGAGAAGCAAGUCUACAAGAAGAUUGUUAGUAGUGAGAUCAAGACCUUUACAACAGGUAACUGGGCCUCUCAGACAACCUUGAGUGACUGGCCCGAUGCUACUACCUCGGUAGCAGAGAACUACGAUUACGCUCCCAGCAGCAACGAGCGACGUGGACUACAUAUGAUGGAGGCAAGAGACGUUACUCCAGCCGUUUGUUUCGGCGACUGUAACGGUGCUUACAAAAUUGCUCAAAGCGUUGGAAAAUCGGAUAAGCUUUGCAAGGACGGCUCUCCGUUCCAGAAUAGCCAAGAUUUGUGCUUACAAUGUAUCGAAGAUAACAUUGAAGGGACCAAGCAAACUAAGCGAGACUACGUCGAGCCCAAGUUCCAGCAGUUCAACGAUUUCUGUAAGGGUAAGGACACUACAAGUGCCACAACAGCCGCGCCUGGCCCUGAGUCUCAGGUUACUGCAACUCCAGACGUGGAGACCAAGAGUCAGGUCGAGGCCACCUCGGGUGGAUUCGCUGCCAUCACAACUGAAGAGGAAUCUGAGCCUGAGUUAAGCAGUGCCGCUGAGCCACAGUCGACCGAUGACGCUCCCGAGCCUACUUCCGUGCAGGAAGAGAACACCACUAAUGAGCCUGAGCCCACUUCAAAUGUUCCUGUUACCACAGACGACUCUGAGGCUGGCUCAACGGAAGUUGUUUCCACAAACGACUCCGAGCCUACUUUGACGACAAAGGCUUCAGAGCAGAGUGCCAAGGCGACUGAAAGCCCAGAGGCGACAGAGACUGAAGCAGCAGCUGAGGAGACAUCAACCGACGGGUCUGAAAACUCUGAAGCUGGUGAGUCUACCACUCUACCUUUUACUACUAAGAGAGUUUUCGUGACUGUCACAUCAUCCCUUGAGGACUCUUCUGAGACUGAUGUCGUUUCUACCAUCACAGAAACAGGUUCGAGAACUGCUCAGACAAAGGGUGUCGAGACAGAUUCUUUCGAGACCGAUUCAGAGGCUGCCACUGAGACAGAAGGUUCGGAAUCUGCUUCAGAGACCGACAGUUCUGGAGCUGCAACUGAGACCACAGUCAAAGCCACGCGCUCUGAUAAGGCUGAUGCUACUGAGACUGAGACAGAAUCGGGAGCCGCUGCAACAGAAACCACAGAAACAGACGCUUCAGGUGCCGCUACCGCUUCAGGCGACAGCGACAGCGAGAGCGAGACUAGGUCGCGACUCGAGACACGCACUUCAACCUCCACAUCAGACGAGACCGCAGCACCUUCAACUGUCGAGGCUUCCGCUUCUCGCUUGACGGCCAGCUUUGCCACUUUCAUCGCUCUUCUGUCGAUGCUAGUUAUCAUGAUUUAA